UAGAAGCGGUCCUCUACUGCUGUUUGAUUGGUGCGUUUGUUCCGUCGCUCUGGGAAGCGGCUUAGAGGAGGAGAAAGUAAAACAACAUGGCGGCGGUGUCCUUGCAGAUUGCAAGAAGAUUUUUGCGGUUAUCAGGAAACCUGGUCCGCUCACCAUAUCGUUCUGCAUUUAUGGCAAGUAAGGAUGAUCUAAGCAAACCUAACUGGGUGAAAGUUGGUCUGUCUUUUGGUGCAACAGUAGCAAUAUGGGUGCUGCUCCUCAAGCAGCAUAAUGAACAUUUAGCAGAAUAUGAAAGGCGAAAGGCAGCACGAGAAUCUUGAAUGGUGGUCCCAAAUGAUUAUGGUUGAUUAUGGUCUUAUAGAAGCUGUUACAGCCAAUGCAUACUCAACAAGAUUUUUAUUUUAGUAGAUAAUCCAAUGGUUGUUGAAUUUAUUCCUGAUUAAUAUUAAUUUUCCUGAAAUAAAGCAAUGACAAAUAUAAAAGGUGGCUGAAAUCAUCAUGCUUCAUAUGGUUACUUCUGAAGGUUAUUAAAAUAUGUUCAAUUAUA